UAGGAACUUUGAAAAAGAAUAGUUGCGGCGCCAAGAAUCUUUGAUAACAAAGUGUAGAAAACUGUCGGGCGUUGGCGGAGAUAUUGAUUGUUACUGUUGUGGUGUAUGCGCUCAAACAGGUUGUUAACGAUGUAGGCGAAGAGUUGGGUAAUGUUAAAAAUUGUCUAGUGUUGAGAAGCAGUUCGUAGUGGAAAAAUGGUGGACAUACUUAGGAGUAACUUUGAAGAGAAAUUGCCGGAGAUAAAAGCUGCACUGACAAAUGCAAAGUUCAUUGCAAUUGACACGGAAUUCACAGGGUUGUCCGUGUACAAAAAUUACAAGCCAAGUCUGUUUGACACAGGAAGACAGAGAUAUGAAAAAUUAAGAAGAAAUCUUGAAAAAGUAAUUAUUAUACAGAUUGGUUUGUCUGUAUUUUCAUAUGUUCGAGAUGAAAAUAAAUAUGUUGCCAAUAUAUACAGAAUACCUGUUUAUCCCUGCAGUUUUGGUUCAAUAGAUAGUGUUUACCUCACACAGGCAUCAUCUGUCCAUUUCCUGUGUGAGUAUGACUUCGACUUCAAUAAGGUGAUGUAUGAAGGCGUUCCAUAUCUGAAUUUGCGAGAUGAGAAACGGCUGAAGCAGGAAUUGCAGGAAUGUAGAAAUGUGAUUGAUCUCAGAAAUCUGAGUUUCUUGGAAGAAGAAGCAAUAAUUUAUUUGAAGACUGAAAUGGAUAAAGUGGUUGACUGGGUAUCUACAGCUUGCAUUGGAGAUACAUUAUUACUAUCAACCUUUCUAAAAGCAAGAAUGAAGAGACAGCUAGGUUAUUGUCUUCACAUUGAACUGCGACAUAGGUUCAACAGCAUUUGGACAUAUGGUGAUGAAGAAGGUAUCAUUGUUAAAAAGAUCGCAACAGAGAAACAUCGCUUAAUGUCUAACAAAGAGAAUAAGGAAAAAUUAGAUGAAGACUUAAUCCACUAUCUGCUUGGUUUCUCCCAUAUUUUCAAACUGUUAGUUGAACUGAAGAAACCAAUUGUAGGGCACAAUUGCCUUUUAGACCUAAUGCUUUUGUACCAGCAGUUCCAUGAUGUUUUGCCAGUGUCUUAUAGCUCAUUUAAGAAGAAAAUGAAUGAGCUGUUUCCAAAUUUGUAUGACACGAAGCACAUUAGUUUCGAACUACAGCACAGGCUGGACAGAGAUGUACUGCCCUCAACAAUACUUUCCGACCUGUAUGCAUUUUUUGAGGAAGGGAGAGGCUCUGUGUUAGGAGCGUAUACUCCAACUGUAGAAACAGAGUUUGGUGAUGAUGGUGUUACAAAACAAAUUCAUGAUGCUGCUUGGGAUUCCUACGUUUCUGGAUAUUGUUUUAUUCGAAUGGCUCAUGUUAUUGCUAAUAAAAAGUUUGAAAUAAUAGUACAGCAACCACUAACAAGUGUGGAACAUUUUACAUCUCUGGAAGACUUCAAAAAUAAGAUUAAUGUCAUCCGUUGUGCUGUAUCUCAUAUAUGUCUCAGUGGUCCUGAUCCAGAGUCAAGGCGACCUCAAUGGAUAUAUGUAGAAACAAGAACAAACAGAAAACUAUCUGAAGAUGAGGUUUAUCUUCUCUUUUCUCAAUAUGAUGCUGUUGAUGUUACUCUGUAUUCCAAGAAUUCUGCUCUCGUGGCAAUUGGAAACUCCAGAAGUGCAAGAAUGAUUCGGAAAAAGUUACAAGAAAACGAAGAGUUCAAAGUUACAAGUUACAGUUUACUCUGCCAUAACAAACUGCUUCGCUGUGUGCUAUGGAUAUGUGCAGCUUCCACAAGUAUGACAGCAGCAUGGUUUAUCACAAGACAUGCAAUUCUUCGUAACAUAAAACCAUAACUCUUGUAUUGUGUAGAUUUGCACCUUGGGUAGCAAAUGUUUCCACAAAAUGUGUAAACUGGAUGCAGUCACAUUUUUAUUUUUGAACAGAGCAGCACAAUAUGUGCAAUUGCAGACUAGAAAUUUAUUUGUAAGUCUUGUAAUAAUGUAGCCUGUUUCCAGCCCCUUUUGUUUUUUAGCUGUACUUCUUAUUACUUAUUUUACUUUUUUAAAAAAAUAGGUACCUAUUUUUACAUCACUGUAUUUUUGUAGGAUAAGAACAAUAUUGGUCCUGGUCAUUUGAAAUUCCAUUCCAAUUUAGUUUCAUUGUGGAGGGCAUCCGCUACAGUUUCCUUUCUAAAAAUAUUUCUCCUAGCAGUUUGCUGCUUCAGAUUUUAUGAUAUCAGGUCACUUGCUUUUGUACGUGCAUUGUAGCUGAGGUCACUAAUGCAUGCCUGUGUGGUGGUGCUCGGCUCAAAGGUAAGCUGAUUCUAGUCAUAGUGGUGCAUGAAAUGUUUAUUAGCAAUAUUUGGCUGGCAAGAGGAGUAGAAAUAUCGACUGUAAGUUCCUGAUCACUAGUCAUUAUUUAUUAUCGUGUUCAAAACUCUCUCAGGUAGCUUUCUUUUCUUUGUCUCCAGUAGGUGUCCAACAAAACAUAACCAAUCAUUUAAAGUUUUCCGUAAAUAACUGCAACCCAUCACCUUUUGUAAUUCUUUAAUUUUUAUUUACCAUGACUGGUUUCAAAUUGCCUAGCAAUUCACCUCCAGAUGGUAUAUAUUUACCAUCUGGUGAUGAAUUGCUGGAAUGUUUGGAGCCUUGUGGGGAGUCAUGCAGCUGUGGGAAAAUAUAAAAAUGAAACAAGUAAGCACUGAAUAUGGCGAGAUCAACUUAACAGUUAUUAGCAUCUGUUGGUUUAUUUCUAGUGCAUGCUUUACUGUGGAGAACAUAAUGUAUGUUUUCCAGUAACAUUAAAUCUGAAGCACUGGACAAACUUUGUCACAACACAAACACCCGCAUAAACCAAAGACAGUGAUUAAAUUUAUGUUCAGAGAAUUUAUAUUGGGGCAGAGACUUACUUUGUGUGUGUGUCUAAGGAUGUAGCCAGGAUUUUGUCAAGGGAGGGAGGAGGAAUCAGAUUUGUUACGGAGUACAUUAAAAGGCUCAUGUUUUUAACCCUUGAGUGGGCGUGCCGUUUUUCAUAAAAUGAGAGGGCACGCAGCGCACUUCGUACACAUGAAAAGAAUAGCUUUCCUUAUGUUACCAAGGUAAGUCAUGUAUGAUCAAAAUCACAGUUUAAUCUUAGUUUAUUUAAACAAGGAGAAAAUUAACUAACAUAAUAUGAGCUAAACUACUGUUUUUUAAACAGUAAUGAAAUAAAUUUUCACUAUAACUCUCUGUUGCCAAGGACAGGUGUUAAAAGACACAGUAAUGACACAUACGAAGCAGUAAACAGUGCAGUUGCAUCAGAUCUCAGUCAGCUGCUUAUUUGAUCACUAAUUAUCUUGUAGACAACUGCCUCAAUGUGGGAUUAUGUUGCUAGUUCGCAACUGGGGUCAUUUUUUUGAACUGAUCGUAAAUUUUUUCUCGCCUAGGUCGCUUUGUGUCUUAUAUUACUGCUGCUCACUUGGACGUACGACAGCACAAUUUAUCACUGUGUUACCUGAAACAAUACUGAAGGAAUAGGUAUAGGUUUACAGUUGUGAAACAAAAAUUGAAUCGCACAAAAUCAUUUUAUUUUUGGUUGAUGCACUUUUAUACACAGGUGCGCCCGCUCAAUGGUUAAUUUGCUCUGAGAACACAUUUAUUCAUUUUUUUCAUUUCAUAAUUUUGUGGAGACUUUCAUACAAAUACAUACCAGUAAUAACACACACACAUCCGCAAGCAUUCGUACAUGCUCGCAAGCCCGCGCACGCGCGCACACACACACACACACACACACACACACACACACACACACACACACACACACACACACAAAAUUAAUUUUUUUUUAUUUGCCGGUAUGAUAACACUUCACUCUAUUGCCAAGCAAAUUAAACAUAUUAUUCUUCAAAGCCACAUUUUUUUUAUAUUCUGGUACACUUUCUUUAGAAACUAGGACUGAUAGACAUCAAACUUUCAGUCUCUCUAGUUAAUAGAGUAAUGAUUAAUCAGAUAAAAAAGGGACCUGGAAUGAUACCAAGAAUAAAUUUACAAGCUUCAAGGUGGUUGAAAAUAUCUAUAAUAUUUUUCUGUUGGAACAAAGAAAAGCAUUACUUGUAAUAUGUGUAAAACACAGUAACCGGUUUUUAUAUGAUUUGAGGAUGGUGUUUCAUCUAUAUUCUGUAAGAGUUUCGGGUCUUUGUCUCUACCAGUUUCUUCAGAAAAUGUACCCGAAGUUUGCUCAUUUUAACAUUGAUUGCUUAUUGGAGUUUCUUCACGACUGUCCCCCGCCCACCCCCCCACCCCCACCCCCCACCCCCCUCAACCCCAUCCCCCCAAGAACUGUGCAGGAAACAAACUGCAAAAAAGUUAGAUGAAAUGUAAAAUAAAUGUUGAGGUUGCAGUGUGGAAGAAACAAAAUGGAGAAGAGGGCGUGGGACUGGUGGGAUUCCUUUGGAACCAGAUGACUUUAUCCUCUAAGGAUCUCUUUGCAGGUAUACUGAUGACGACCAACAGGUUCCCCAGAGGCUGAAAUAAAACAAAAGAGGCAGUUUCUGGGGAAAAAGCGGUAUAUACAUGCUAAUAAUGAUGCAUUGCAUGUAAUAUCUGUUUUCCACUUUAGAAGCAGUUUAUCAACAGAAGUUCAGUGACUUGCUUGCACAGUCUUUAACUUCUUGGCCAUAGUAAUGCAAUUUCAAAACACAAAUACUCCAGCUGGAACUCACAAUAAUGUAUUCGUCACUGGAGUCUCAAACACAAACGGGCUAUUUCAUUUUGCAGAAGUCUACACCAGCGUGCAGAGAAUAGUCAAGAGUCAGAGCUACUAUGGGAAUAGAAUCACUGUCAUAAUAUAUAUGCCAAUUUUAGGCUCUAUGAGAAAUAACAUUUUUACACAUAGUGAAUUACAAAACUGUAGGAUCAACAAAGAAGCAGAUGCCUAAUGUGAGGGACUUCUUUCAUUGUAAGGAGAGGAAAGAGUCAAAAUUCCAACAGAUAACUUAAUCUUCCUGUGCGUAACACAAUCUAUUAAUGAUAACACAUGCAAAUAAAAUGUAAAUGUUAAUUAACGGUCAUGCGCAGAUCAGUAAUGAUGAAAAAGGAAUCCUAUAUAAUAUUGAUGACUUCAAAGAACAUUCACAACACAGAUCAAUUUGGCAGACACAUGGGCCUUAAAUUCUUUAACAAGUUGCUAAACACAGCUUGCAUGACUCCCUUACACAAGAACAAGAAAGUUUUAAAAUAUUUGCCAAAAGAGCAAGAAUGUUAGACAGUUGAUGAAAUCAUGGAGAGUGAUUUCCUAGAACUGUGCUUUGGGUAGCUAUGUGUAUCAGUAAAAUUGCAUGUAAUUAUCAUAUAGUUAGAAUUUUGCAUUUAUGUACAUGUGAAUAAAUAUGCGAGUAUACUGCUCAACUAGCCAUAUGUAAUCAUAAACUGCAAACACAUAUAAUUAAUAUGUAUAAGUAUAUAACUGAUAUACAAUUGUAAUUUAGCAUUUAUAUAUAUGUGUGUAAACAAGUAUUCCACUAAUUAUACAGGGUGAGUCAAAAAGGACUUUACAACUUUGGAAUGAUAUAGAAAUUUAUUAAGCUAACUUACAGAAUUGGUAGAUGAGUCAUUUCGUAGAAAGCAGCCUAAAGUUUGAUUCACAUAGUGCACCAGUACCCCAUUCCACCACCAGGAGUGCCUGUGUAGUGCACAGUUAAAAUGGCUACUUCCACUAGUGCGGAGGAUGUUGUCACUGGUGUUGUGUACCUGAAUGUGCUUGAAAACAUUUUUACUUCCACAGAUCGAUGAAGGUGAUCGAGAUGGGAGUUUUACUACUACUACUACUACUACUACUAGUACUACUACUUCUACUCUACUACUUGCAAGAUGGUGCACCACCCCAUUUCCCCAUAGAACUUCGAGGCUUCCUGGAUAAUCACUUCCCAGGUCGGUGGAUUGGCCGUGAAGGACCAGACACGUGGCUAUCUCACUCGCCAGACUUCACACCACUGGAUUUCUCUCUCUGGGGCAUGAUUAAAGACUCUGUGUAUGUUUGUCCCAUACCAAACAAUUUAGCUGACCUGAUAAAUGAAAUCUAUGCUGCUGUUGUGCAAGUUGUGCGGAAUGUGCUGCAACUAGCAUGGGAAGAAGUUGAUUACCGAUGGGAUGUUUGCCACAUCACAAACGGUGGUCACAUUGAACCAAAAUGACACUUCUUGAGAUUAUUUGCUACAAAAUGACACAUCUACGGAUUCUGUAAGUUAUCUCAGUAAAUUUCUAUGUAUUCUGAAGUUGUAAAAUCUUUCCGACUCAUCGUGUGUAUCGGUGUUAAUAGUGUAUUAGAAGCUGACAUUGUACUCUUACAAAAAUGUGCUUUUAUUUACUCAUAAAGCUCAUUUAUCAAUUGUAUUAACUAACUGUGCUUUACAUGCUGACAAGGCCAAUUGUAUCAAAAUAUACUGAAUGGCUGAUAAUAAACAUUCCAAGGAUAACAUGGUGUGGCCGGCCGCUGGUGGCCGAGCGGUUCUGACGCUACAGUCUGGAACCGCGCGACCGCUACGGUCGCAGGUUCGAAUCCUGCCUCGGGCAUGGAUGUGUGUGUUGUCCUUAGGUUAGUUAGGUUUAAGUAGUUCUAAGUUCUAGGGGACUUAUGACCUCAGCAGUUGAGUCCCAUAGUGCUCAGAGCCAUUUGAACCAUUUGAUAACAUGGUGUGAGAAGCCAGCCAGAAACUUUGCAGUACUUUAAUGAACAAAUACUUAGUAGUUGAUGCUAAAUUCAUGAAAUUGAGAUAUUGAUGUGUAACAAAGAUUGUGGUGUGAAGGAUCAUUAUGUAAAAAUUUGUCUAAUUCAUAUUCUUCUGACUUUUCAGUAUUAUAGCUUUCCUCCUGCGCUUUAAUUCUGCAGCAGGUACAUGUUCAGAACAUUUUCACUGUAGAUCAAAUACUGUGUUCUCCCCUUGAUAACCAUCAAAUGAGCUAAAUACACAAUUAUAUGUAAUACAAAUACAUAAUUGUCUUUUUAACACUUAUCACCUGCAUCGUAUAGAUAUUACAUUUUGAGAGAGUGUCAAACAUAUUUUUAAAAAUGCUCCCUGUUUGUGGAGCAG